CCGGGUUUCUUCAAACAAGAGGUCCAGAGGACAUAGUGUCCGGUUCCCCGCCGCUAUAACUGCUCUUUUCUCCAUUUCAUCUAGAACAGAGAAGUCUAGUUAGUAAUGAUCUCUCUGCUGCUGCUUCUGCCGUAACCUGUUUAGAGAGAGAGAGAGAGAGAGAGAGAGAAUGAAAGAAGAGGGAGAGCGAGAGGUGGUGACGCCUGGGGAAGUGCUGGGGAAGGCAUCCGAUGUAAGAGCAGGGAGAGGUGCCUACUUGGCGCCCCACAACAACUUGGUCUACGCUUCACUCACCGGCUUCCGCCGCGCCUUAUCCCCUUCCCCCGACUCCCCCGACCAGAGACCCACUGUGGAAAUAACUGAUCACAAGGCCCAUGGUGCCAUUCCAGAACCGGGAUCCAUUGUUAUUGCCAGAGUUACGAGAGUGAUGGCUAAGAUGGCUUCAGCUGAUAUCAUGUGUGUUGGUCCCAAGUCUGUUCGAGAAAAAUUCAGUGGCAUAAUUAGGCAACAAGAUGUAAGAGCGACUGAGAUUGACAAAGUGGAUAUGCACUUAUCCUUUCGGCCUGGUGACAUUGUCAAAGCUAUUGUGGUAUCCUUAAUGCUCGCUAUCCCUUGGAGAUGCACGGGCCUAUUAUCUAUCUACUGCAAAGAAUGAAUUGGGUGUUGUGUCUGCGGAGAGUACAGCAGGUGCAACGAUGGUUCCAAUAAGUUGGACCGAGAUGCAAUGCCCAUUAACAGCCCAAAUUGAGCGCAGAAAGGUUGCUAAGAUCGGAGGUUGACAGGCUAAAAUCAAACUAAGCUAGAUAGUGUUCCAUGUUUCUUAUAUUCCCCCAAGUAUAUGUUAGGGGAAGUAUGCUUGGGAGUUUUUUUUUUUUUUUAUUAAUUGCAGAAUAUAAUUAUAGUUUAAUACAAGAUUCAGUAUCCACCUUC